UGAGAGAAAGAGAGAGUCUUGGAAUUGGAGAUAAAGAAUGUGGUUGUUUAGAAGAAAAGGCCCUUCUGGAUUCUCAUCAUCUUCCACAGCAGAGGAAGUUACUCAAGGGAUCGAUGCCACUGGUCUCACUGCCAUAGUUACAGGAGCAUCUAGUGGCAUCGGCACUGAAACCACACGUGUUCUUGCGAUGCGUGGUGCCCAUGUGAUCAUGGGAGUGAGGAAUAUGGCUGCGGCUAAAGAUGUGAAAGAAGUUAUAGUUAAGGAAAUCCCCACUGCCAAAAUUGAUGCCAUGGAGUUAGAUCUCAGUUCAUUGUCAUCUGUGAGGAAAUUUGCAUCACACUUCAAAUCCGCUGGUCAUCCUUUAAAUAUCCUAAUUAACAAUGCAGGAAUUAUGGCGACCCCGUUUUUGCUUUCCAAAGAUAAGAUUGAACUUCAGUUUGCCACAAACCAUGUAGGUCAUUUUCUGUUGACAAAUCUUCUCUUGGAUACUAUGAAAAAGACUGCAAUUUCAAGUAGCAAAGAAGGGAGAAUUGUCAAUGUAGCCUCUGAAGCUCACCGGUACGCAUAUCCUGAAGGAAUCCGAUUUGAUAGAAUCAACGAUCCAUCAGGGUACAGCAGUUGGGCUGCAUAUGGUCAAUCAAAGCUAGCUAACAUUUUGCAUGCCAAAGAACUUACAAAACAACUCAAGGAAGAUGGAGCAAAUAUAACUGCAAAUGCACUUCACCCUGGUGUAAUUCAAACUAAUCUUUUCCGUCAUAACAAUGUUAUUAAUGGGAUUGUUAAUGUGCUCGGUAGAGUUUUGUUUAAGAAUGUUCAGCAGGGAGCAGCAACAAGUUGCUAUGUGGCAUUGCAUCCACAAGCUAAAGGGGUGAGCGGUGAGUAUUUCGCAGACAGUAAUAUUUCCAAGCCAAGACCCCAAGCUGAAGACGAGGUGUUGGCAAAGAGACUCUGGGAACUCAGCAAGGAUUUGACUAAAUGAUGUUUUCUUUUACUUAUCACAAUAAAUUAUAUGGAAGAAGACGUUAUAUUCUUUCAGCAAAUGUUCACUUUUG